UCCAGUCAUUGUUUAUUUCAAAAUGACGGAAAACAGCGCGUCACCGGAGGAUCCCUGGCUCAAACAGACGGACGGCGCCUUCAGCGACAACGGCUUCGAUCACAGUUUCUUUGCCGAGAGUGCUCGCAAAGGAAGUUUGGUGUCAAGAGCCAACAGCAUUGGAUCCACAAGUGCCUCAUCAGUACCAAACACAGAUGAUGAAGACAGUGAUAACAGACAUGAGACGCCCUAUAAGGAGUCAUAUAAAGACCGGAGGAGAAGAGCGCACACACAGGCCGAGCAGAAACGCAGAGAUGCCAUCAAGAAAGGCUACGAUGACCUGCAGUCUAUAGUGCCUACAUGCCAGCAGCAGUCUGACUUCGCCAUGGCCACACAGAAGAUGAGUAAAGCUACAGUACUGCAGAAGACAAUCGACUACAUUCAGUUUCUCCACAAAGAAAAGAAGAAGCAGGAAGAGGAUGUUUCCACACUUAGGAAGGAGGUGAUGGCACUGAAAAUUAUGAAAACGAACUAUGAGCACAUUGUAAAGGCCCAUCAGAAUAACCCUCAGCAGGGCAGCGAGCAGGUUUCAGAUCAGGUGAAGUUCAGUGUGUUUCAGAGCAUCAUGGACUCUCUGUUCCAGUCCUUCAUUGCCUCAGUGUCAGUCAACAGCUUUCAGGAGCUCUCUGCCUGCGUCUUCAGCUGGAUCGAGGAGCACUGCAAGCCCCAGACGCUGAGAGAGUUUGUGGUGACCGUGCUGCAGCAAGUGAAUGGUCAGCUCUGA